GGAAAAGACGAUAGUGAUGGUUCAUCUUCAUCGUCGUCGUCUUCUUCCUCAAGCGCGUCAUCGAGAUCAUCAUCUCGGGAAUCUUCACCAAGGAGAGAUGCGGGUAGUGAAGAUGACGAGGCUAAGGCAGAGGCUAGACGAGAAGUGGAGACGGUGCAAGAGCUGGCAAGAGCUCGAAUGUCUCGAUACAAAAUCGCAAAGAUUGUAUAUGCCCCAUUUUUUGCGAAGACUGUCAUUGGCUGUUUUGUGCGAGUUGGAGCUGGAGGAUACGCGGGAAAGUCCAGAUACAGGCUUUCCCAAGUUAUGGAUGUUGUGGAAAUGAAUAGAGUUUAUACUUUUGACAAUCUUAAGACGAACAAAGGACUAAAACUAAAAUAUGGUACUGACGAACGUGUUUUCCGCAUUGAAUUCGUUUCGAAUGCUGAAUUUGGUCAAGAAGAGUUUUCUGAUUGGAGAGCUGUCACCAAAGAGGAGUGCGGUUCGUUACCGACUAUGGACCAUAUAGAAAAGAAGGAGCAAGAUAUCAAGAAAGCCAUGAAUUUCAACUACACUGAUGAGGUUAUAGAAUAUAUAGUGAACGAGAAAAAGAAGUUCUCUGAUACGGUGAAAAACUUCGCCAUGACCAAAGGCGAACUAAUGAAGAAAAAGCUAAUUAGCCCGUGCAAAGAAGGUGCGGGGCAGAAGAUUGCGGGAAUUCCAUAUAAGCGACAUGCGUGUUUGUAUGAAGGUCAUAUUGCACUGAUUAAUUAUCCGGUUCGCGUUUUCGGUAGCAUAAAUGCGAUAGAUAUUGAUUGA